AGGCGCAAGUCACAGUGAAUUGCGCAGGUACGACUGGCUUUCCACCCUGCCACGUAUAUUUCACAGAUGAGAGAUGAGUGCCAUUGAAGAGAAUCGAGGAGGCGGCCGCAGAGGAGGACUAGACCCCCGGGGCGCCAAUCAGCAGCGCCAAUCUGGCGGCUCUCGAGAUGGCACUCCUGGCGCUUCACAAGGCAGAAGAGGCGGAAGAGGGGGAUCGUCUGUGAACAGAAGCGCCGGCAGCAUGCAGAAUGGCUCCGUGUCCCACACCGCCAGCACCCCAACCGACGAUCACAACCCGAUGAAUGGUUACAACUCUGGUGCCGUCGAGGCGACGUUAAGGCAGGGCUACGACGCGAAGGCGCUCUUAUACAAACCGGAUGCCAAGGCACCAGCUACCAAACCAGAAAGCCCGUGGGGUGCAAAACCGGGAGCCAUGGCAGGUGGUAAGGACUUCUGGCUCGAGCUCCGAAAGCAAAUCGCGGUUUUGCAACAGUCCGGCGGUACCAGUCGAGGUGGUUGAAAAUAACAACAACAUUCAAAGGGGGUGGGCGAGAGCUCCAUUCUCUCUUCAGCGGCAUUUUAUGUAAGGCGUUCACCUUGGUUUCCACGAGAUACCCACUGGGUUGGCGCGCAUUUCAGCAUGCAGGAGGUCAAAAUUGUACACCUGAGUACGAGGUGCAUCACGACAGUGGUUCGGGAAAUAUGUUGCGUUUUCAUAAUUGCUGAUUCCAGGAUAUGCCAAGUCAUCAGCAUAUCACUCACCACGGCAUUGGCGAGGUCUAUGCGAUUGGGUACCUAUGUGCGGCAGACUAUCAUAGCAUUGGCGGGGCUCGAAUUGGCGACAGUCGCGUGUUCGAUAUGAGAAAUGCUAGUACCUGGAUCAUUCGUGGUUCUUUCUUUGCUGCUCCUUUUUCAUAUGAUAUAAUGGCACGAGGGACGGGAAACAAAAGGUCUACCACACAGAAGAGGUCCUGUAAUAGUGGAUUGCAGUCGAAUUCAACGAUCGUUGAGGAAUGGAACGACAUAAAACCAAUUGGGUGGC